UGACCAGAAAACUUCAGAACUGCAGGAAGAUGAGGGCCCUUUGCGUCCUGCUGUUACUCCUGUGUGGAGCCCAGAGCCAGGAGGACGCGCCACGGCCCAACAUCGUCCUGCUGAUGGCUGACGACCUCGGCAUUGGAGACCUGGGAUGCUAUGGGAACAAGACUCUCAGGACUCCCAGCAUCGAUCGGCUGGCCAAGGAGGGAAUGAAAUUCACCCAGCACCUGGCAGCUUCCCCCUUGUGCACUCCAAGCAGGGCCUCCUUCCUAACCGGCCGGUACUCUGUGCGAUCAGGAGUGGCAUCUCGGGACCGAUCUGGAGUUUUCCUCUUCACAGCCUCUUCUGGAGGACUUCCCACUAGUGAGAUGACGUUCAGCAAGCUUCUGAAGAAUCAAGGCUACGCAACCGGUCUUAUAGGGAAGUGGCACCUGGGGUUGAACUGUCACAACAAGACGGACUUUUGUCACCACCCGAUCCGUCACGGCUUCGAUUACUUUUAUGGCGUCACGGGGACCAACCUGCGCGACUGCAAACCCGGGCAAGGCUCGGUGUUCACCAUGGUGUUCCGCAUGACCGUGUUCAUCCCGCUGCAGAUCAUCGGGGUCACCAUCCUCACCCUGGCCAUGCUCAACUUCCUGGGGCUGCUGCACGUGCCCCACAGCAUCUUCUUCUGCCUCCUCUUCCUGGCGGCCACCAUCCUCAGCCUCUUCCUCUGCUUCCUUCAUUACUUCCGGCCCCUGAACUGCUUCCUGAUGCGGGACUACGAGAUCGUCCAGCAGCCCAUGCUGUACGACAACCUCACCCAGAGGCUGACGGCGGAGGCGACCCGCUUCAUUCAGAGGAACUCUGACCGGCCGUUCCUGCUGUUUCUGUCUUACCUGCACGUGCACACGGCCCUCUUCGCCUCCCGGGACUUUGCCGGCAGAAGUCAGCACGGAGCAUACGGGGACGCUGUUGAGGAGCUGGACUGGAGUGUGGGGCAGGUCUUGAACAUCCUAGAUGAGCUGGGUUUGACCAAUAACACCCUGGUCUACUUCACGUCGGACCACGGCGCACAUGUGGAAGAAGUGAAUAUGAAAGGGGACGUCCACGGCGGGAGUAACGGGAUCUACAAAGGAGGCAAAGCCAACAACUGGGAAGGAGGUAUCCGGGUUCCAGGCAUCUUCCGGUGGCCCGGCGUGAUUCCGGCUGGACAGAAGACAGAUGCGAUGACUAGCAACAUGGACAUCUUUCCCACGGUGGUCAGACUGGCUGGGUCCCCAGACCCUGAGAACAGGAUCAUUGAUGGGUACGAUCUGAUGCCCCUGCUCCAGGGGGAAACCCAGAGCUCCGAGCACGAGUUCCUCUUCCACUACUGCAACGCCUACUUGAACGCCGUGCGCUGGCAGCCUCCCAACAGCACAUCUAUCUGGAAAGCCUUUUACUUCACCCCCAACUUCAGUCCCGAAGGUGCCAACGGCUGCUUCUCCACACACGUCUGCUUCUGCUUCGGGAGCUUUGUCACCUACCACGACCCUCCUCUGCUCUUCGACAUUUCCAAAGACCCCAGAGAGAGGAGCCCACUGACCCCUGCGAUCGAGCCCCGAUUCCAUGAAAUCUUGAGAGCCAUGCAGGCCGCCGUGCAGAGACACAACAAGACCCUGAGAGACGUCCCCAACCAGCUGUCCCUGGGGAACAUUUUCUGGAAGCCCUGGCUCCAGCUGUGCUGCCCCUCGUCCGGCCUGACCUGCCAGUGUGACAGAGACAGACAGCGAGAAUGGAGAACCACCCUCUAGCCACGUCUGUGGGACUGGGUGGCUGUGCGCGGAGCCAGCUGUCCACGCACACGCCCACGCCUCGGAGUGCACGGGCUGAAGCCAGCCCCGUCCCAGUCUGGGAUCUGGACCAAUUCUCUAUUUUAUCACCUGAAGACUUGAGCGAGAACUCAAGAGCUACUGAACUCGGGGCUGAGGGGGGGGUUGAAGUUGGGUAGUGUGCUCCUUCCCUGGCCAGACCCCUUGCCCUGUUGGACAGGGUGGAAGGGCGUCGGCAUGAGCACACCAGCCGCAGUGCAGACAGGUGGUAGGAAGGUGCACCAGGUGAACUGAAUUCAGCCCUCAGCACACGUGUCAUUGACAGCAUUAGGUGUCUCUCACCCCGUGAUGUGAAGUGAUUUAAUAACCACCAAGACUCCCAAACAGCAUGAUAAAAAAAGAUAGUAAAGUUUAAAAACAGUUCAGUAAAUCUUCACAUGUGCAACUUUGUAGUGGACAAAGGACCAUCUUCUUUACCAAUAGUAGAUCGUGGUCAGUGCCCAUUUGUCCAUCCGAGGACUAGUGAUUAUUCCCGGUAUUAGAACACGUAUUCAAUGGUAUUCACCUUAUAUAGAGAUGUACACAUAUCUACACACCCAGAGUCUCUCCUUCCUCAACAAGGCUGAGAUGUGUAAAAUAGGAUCAUAGAAGCUUAUCAGUAUUUAAGUUAAAAAAAAAAAAGAGAGGCUCACAAAUAGAUUAUUUUGCACAAUAAUUUUUUGUGAAAUCCUUCAGUCAUAAUAAUCCCAAGGUAAAUCUCUCCUGAACUGAUUAUAUUGAAUUAUAUUUGGGAUCCACUGGUUUUUAGUUUUGGGGGGUUGUUUUUGUUUGGUAACUGGAAGUUCUGAACUCAAAGACCACUUCUGGGGCGCUACGGUUCAGGAAAUCUCUUUGAACAUAAUUCAGAACCACUGCUUUAGAAUGUCUGUGAUAUUUUGAGAGGAGCGAAAGCCCCCCACUAGCAAUCCAUGUUCUGUACGUGUAAGUGUGAUUGUCUUUAGCCAUAGGCAGAAAUUAGUGAUGGGAGCGCUUGUUAUUGUUAUUUGUCUUGUUUUGUGUAGUUUUAUCUGUGGCCAAGAAAUGCCUGUGCCCCAGUUCCAGGAUGAGAUGCACAGUGUGGUUUUAAUUCCAUUUCCACCAAAUCGCAGUCGAUCAGGGAGAACGCAUGAAUGACCGGUUGCCUGGGAGAGCGGAGGAUAGUGAUAGAGCUGGAGACAGUACCGCAGUGUGAGUGAGCCUCCCUCUGUGCAGGGUGCAGUUCAGUCACUUCUUCAGACAUAAGACCUUCUCCAACAAAUGAUGAAAUUCCUUUAUGGGUAAAUGAAGAGAUACUGCCACCCACUUGCUUACCUGUUUAUCUGGGCACCUGCGGUUUGCCCAGCAUUUGCUCAGUUCCAAGGCAGGGCAGGCAAAUGAAACGCCAGGACCCCACGGGCUGUUUGGGAGUGGAGGUAGCGUUCUGCAAGUUGACUACAAGUUCCUCUAUGCCUGCCCUCCACCUUAGGAAGUUUCCAGAUGUAACUGCAUUUCCCCAACUCCUUUUCAAACUUCUUCUAUUUCAGACUUCCAUUUUUUUUCUUUUUUGUAACUGAAAAACAAACAACAAAAAAUGAGAUUCCCACCCCGCGUCAUGGAAUUGUCGAAAGCAAACAUGGUUUCUUAUCCUAGCAAUUGAGGAAAAUCUCUCAUCUUCAUUUAGAAAACAUUCUUAUUAAAGAGUACUAGCACAUCGAUGAUGAGUUAGAAUUGUCACUAAUACUGUGAUGCUAUUCAAAGUAUUUCAAGUCACAAUCACAAGUCGAUGCUUUGAGAUGACAGUGUUUACCCACAGCUUAGCACAUUCCAUGCAAGUGGACUUUGGGAAAACACUUGAUGCUGUGGGAACAUAUGUUGGAGGCUUAAAUAACUUGAAGAGCCUUGAUAGAUCAUGUCAAUGCCUCUGUAUGUAGGGAAUUAGCUGCUUCAUCUGUCAAAUGUUAAUAGCAAAUGAAGGACCGCACAUACCUCCAGAUGCAAAUGUGUCGGGUGUCAAAGCAGCUCCCGGUAACUGAGAUCACGAUCAGUGCAUCAUCAGAGCAUUUUAAAAUCUGGUUUAUUUAUAAUGACCAUAAUUAUCUUAUACUCAGGCCAUUUACUGUCUAAAAGUCUUGCUUUGAUUUUACAACAUGAACUGUGAAUUCUUUUGUCCAGGUGAAACCUAAGGAAGCUUUAAAGGCGCAGUUGUUUGUUUGUUGUUUACAGACCUGUAAGGCAUGGCCACUUGCUUUCAAGGCGUCUACUACUGUGACCUCCAAAGUCCAAUCCAAACUUCACUGGAUUUUGAAGCUUUUGACAGAUUUAUUUUUUACAGUUUUUUUUUAAAUGCUUAUAUUCCUAACAUUGCACAGAUGUUAAACGUUAGGCAAAGGAUUUAGUAAAGUGCACUAGGCACCGUUUCACAAGGUCAGCAACACUGCAGGUAAAACAGAAUUGCAAGCUGUACAUCUGUAGAACCAAGAUUCAAGAGAGGAAGCCAACUUUUCAGUUUCCCUGAAGGACAUAGAAUGAAUAGUGGAGGGGAAAAACACAGGAAAACAAGAUGGGAUAAGUGUUUGGUGCAUCUCAGUAAAAUUGUGUCUUCACUUGUCUUCAAAAUACAUCAAGUAAAACAUUUCCUUAGAACAUGUAAUGCAGAGUUAAAAUAAAAUGUGUCGUGGCAAUUAAAAA